AUGAGUCGUCAACGCCCCCGUUUGAGAAACGGGGUCGAUAUCCAGCUUCAAUCUGCUUUUCAGGAUGGCAACUGGUCUGUGGCUAUGAGACUGGCCUCUCAACGAGCGCGCACUUUCAACGACCAGUACUUUGAUAUUGUAAAAGUAUGCGCCGAGAGCCAGUUGGACGACCCUAACGCCAAGUUUGCCGCCGUUGCAGCUGUGGACAAGUUUGUCAGGGAUGGGACGGUGGUAAAGGAUGUGGAUGGCAUUGACUUGUUGGAGUGGGCGACAUUAGACCUGAUUCCAGAAGAUGCAUUUCCAGAGACGAUUGGGCCAUUGAGGGUAAGGGCUGUCAAAGCGGCGCCCAAGGAUAAAAUUGCGGCCACGAGGUGUUUGCAGUCGUGUCUGUUGCAUUGGGACUUGGUUAGCGCUCAGCAAAUUGCGGCCAUUAUCGAUAGAUCAUUUUCCCAAGAGAGGGACUUUAUGUUUUGGAACAUUGUUAUCACUCACAUGCUAGCUACGAGCAGUCAAUCUCCCCCGGAGAAAAAAAAGUUGUAUGGAAUGCUCGCACAAAGGCAAAUACAGCGUGCGGCUCAACUCGCUGAACAGGCGCAUGCAUCUGAGUCAAAAGAAGCGCCCGCGCGAGGCAUUAAAACCGAGGAGGAGAUUCUACUGUUGUACGAUAUUGUUGAAACGCACGGAACGGCGGACGAUGUGAAAACGCUCAUUGAAAGCCCUUUAUUUUCUCCCAUUGCCCAAUUUCGACUUGGAAGAAAGGAGCUUUUCCAGCGAACGGCAGCAAAUUACCGCAAGCAACAAGAUUGGGAGGCACUGUGCAAUCUUUGCGAAUCAUGCUUGUCACACACAGACGAGAAUGGGGAGUUGUCGCUAUUGGCCUGUGACUGGCUGGUGUGGAAGAACUUUAUUGAAGGCGCAUCUUAUCUUAAGAGCUGCAACACAGAAAUCGUGGAACGGUUAAAAAGCUUGUUGCUUAGGCUGGCGCGGUCCAGUGGUCUGAAACCUAUUUACAAGCGAAAUAUACUUUUGGCUCGUGUUUCCAGCGCUUUCAAGCUACAAACGCAUGACGAUGACGACAUGAAAGAUGAUCAACCCUUUUCGCUACGAUUGAGGGAGUUGCUCAACUAUAUCCAGGAUCAGAAGUCAAGCGCUGCGUGCUUUGACGAUGUUAAGGAGUUCUUGGAGCAGCUGGACAUCUCGGGCCUGAAGCACGUUGCGUACACUUACGUCGCUCAGUUGAUACAAUCUGUUGACGACCCCAUAAAGCGCGCCAGGGUUAGUCUGCUCUCUCUGAAGACACAGUACUUGCUUUCAACUUGUCCAAUUGGACGAGUGCCAAUCGCCGGGGAGAAACCCAGUUCAAAAUGCUUGGUUUGCAAUGCCAAGUUUGAGUCAGAGUCGUGUCCGACCUGCUUGACAAAGAUAUCCGAGGAGGCGUUAGCCGCAUAUAAGUCCGCAAGUAAAGACUUUGGCGAGAAUCCUGUCAUCCAGAACGAAAUUUUGCCUGAACUCUCCGUUGCCGUUGCAUUUUGUAAUGUCAAAUUGACUUUUCGUAGUCGACCUGGGUACAUUCCCUCAUCCCCACCUGUUUCUCAGCAUCUCUUGCGGGCGCUGUUCAUUCUCGAGCACCAAGCUUUUCUCACGCCCAAACACAGCCAGAUUUCUCUUCUACUGGUGCAGCUACACCUUCUCCUGGGGUCGGCGCACAGGUCCCGCGAAGCCUGGCAUGGUCUGGCGGUAAAGAGAACCAUUGUGGACUCGCUUGCGCCCAUAUUUUAUGAUCGCUUAUCGACUGUAUCGCCAAUUAUUUUAGACUCAUCCGAUAGCUGGGGCUGGGAGCUUGUUGAGACCCUGAGGUCUCAUUAUGUCAAUUCGCUGAAGCUAAAGAUGCCAAGGCGGCUAAUUGAUGCGUUCGAAGAAGCUAGCUAUGGGAGCAUCAUUGACAUGCCCAAAUACAUUGAGAACCUGAGAUCUGGUUGUACGAGGGCUAUGAGUCUGGUUGAGGAGGUUCGAGCAGAUAGACUGCUUGGCGAGCCCUGUGGCGAGUUUUUGAACGAUGCUCGGUUUUACGAAGUCCCUGAUGACCUGGUACUGAGAAAUGUUGUUGACCACGGAUCAUUUCCGUCGUGGGACUGUUACUCAUCGCGACCGGUUUACGAGCGACUCCGUCUUGGCCCCGGCCCUUCUAAUACUCGAUGUCACCUGGCACUCCUCGCCGAAGCCUUUCAGGAUAUCCUGUCAUACCGGCCUCCAACAGUCUACAAGGCUACCGCAGCGGUAAUGGGCAUCGACAAUACCUUUGUCAUUGAAAUGAUGUGCCGAAUUGGCAAUUCCAUGUCGAAAUUUGUGCACAAGGCGUCGGGCAAUUGCACCUCAAGCGAGAUGCUUUACUACGAGGCUGUCAAUGUGCUGGCCACAUUGAUUCCGCUGUGCGUAGGCAUCGACAAGUCAGCACCGCUUUCAGACAUCUUCAGCCAAAUCACCGAGGCUGUCAAGGCGGCGAUAACAACGCAGCUCGACGAGCUGCCCAAGCUUGACGGCACUGUCGCACAGACUGUAUCAGCGCUGCGGUCGUUCCACGAGGUAACAAUGCUUCGCGACACCGCCAUGGCUGCCAAGUUGACUGCGCAAUGGAUUUUGUCGUUUAACGAGCGAGAAAAGGAACGCGAUCGAUCAGGGAGCAGCAAUUUGCCGAAAGAAGUAGUAUCGCAAGUCAAGGGACUGCAAGCUGCUGCAGAGGCAGGCUUGAAGGAUGGCAAGUCGCUGAUUGCUCAAUUGAAGCAGGAGGUGGGCACCGGAAGCGAAUUUGUUGGAAAAUUACGGCCUUGGGUAUUCGAAGACGGCGCCGGGGAAUUGAAUGACUUGGUGGAGGACGGCACUUUGAAGGAAGUAGUUGAGAGCUGGAGACAAAAUCUUGCCGGUUGGGGCCAGGUAAAAUGGACAUGA